AUGGAGGACUUCAACAGUGAAACUGACAGCGACUACACCAGCUACUGGAGAGAUUGGUUUAUCUCCUCUCGUGGCAAUGAAUACUUUUGCGAAAUCGACGAGGAUUACCUCACGGAUCGCUUUAAUUUGACCGGCCUGAACACCGAAGUCGCAUACUACCAGUACGCCUUGGACCUGGUGACGGAUGUCUUCGAUCUCGAUGCAGACGACGACCUCCGCGAGCAGAUCGAGAAGUCAGCACGCCACCUUUACGGCUUGGUCCAUGCGAGAUACAUUGUCACCACUCGCGGGCUUGCCAAGAUGGUCGAUAAACUCAAGCGCGGCGACUUCGGCAAAUGUCCCCGAGUCAUGUGCGAGGGCCACCCCCUCUUGCCGAUGGGCCAGCACGACACUCCCAAUAUGAGCACGGUCCGUCUUUACUGCUCCAAGUGCGAGGACAUCUAUCACCCGAAGUCGUCUCGCCAUGCCUCCAUCGACGGAGCCUACUUCGGCACCUCUUUCCACAGCAUGCUUUUUCAGGUGUAUCCUGCGCUGAUGCCGGAGAAGAGCAUUCGUCGCUAUGAGCCCCGCGUGUUCGGAUUCAAGGUGCACGCCAGCGCUGCCUUGGCUCGCUGGCAGGAUCAGUAUCGUGAAGACAUGAAGACGACUCUUCGCGAUGUUGGAGUAGAGGUCAAAUACAUAGAAGACGACAGCGAAGAUGAUCUGGAAGACGACGAUGAUGAGGCGAUCUCGGACACUAAAGAAGAGGAGAAGGUUAUCGGUGACGCUGCUUCGGGCCGUAUGGAUCUCGGCAAUUAA